AAUUUAAUAUGCUGAAAAAUAGCUAGAGCAUCCAUCCCAUCCAUUUUAAGGGCGUCUACUUUAUAUGAUUUUUAAAAAAAAAAAUCGGAGAAAAGCUGCCUCAAAGAAACCUGAUUUUUCCAUAUUACUAAUCUUCUUCUUCUUCUUCCUAAACCCUACGCCAAGUUUCUCCAUUUUCUUCACUAUCUUCAGAAGAAAAUACAGAGAGAAGCUUAUCUGAUAAUAAUGUCGGGCUUAGCAUGUAACGCUUGCAACAAAGAAUUCAACGACGAUUCUGAGCAAAAGUUCCAUUACAAGUCUGAAUGGCACCGCUACAAUCUCAAGCGCAAGGUUCCUGGGGUCCCUGGGGUUACAGAAGUAUUAUUUAUGGCUAGACAAGCUGCUCUGGCUCAGGAGAAAAACAAGUUAAGCGAACCCCCAAUGCUCUACAGCUGUGGUCUUUGUGGCAAAGGGUAUAGAAGUUCCAAGGCUCAUGCUGAGCAUCUCAAAUCACGAAAUCACAUACUGAAGGCUUCUUCUCAAGGGGUCAAUAGUCAAGAGGAGGACAUGGCGAUCAUCAAGCCGUUGCCACGUCGUGUUGUGAAUAAGGCUCCUCUGCAAAAUGAUGCUCCUAAUGAAGAAAGUGAAGAUGAGAGUGAAGGUGAGUGGGAGGAGGUUGAUCCUGAGGAAGAAUUGAUUGGUGAAGCUGCAAAGUCUUUGACUGGCUUGAAUGUUGAUGAGCAUGGUCCUGAUGAAGACAUGGACGAAAAGGAUGAUGAUGAAGACUUUGAUGAGUUGGAUCCGUCUUGUUGCUUUAUGUGUGACUUAGAGCAUGAUAACCUAGAGAGCUGCAUAGUUCACAUGCACAAACAUCAUGGAUUCUUCAUUCCUGAUGUUGAGUACUUGAAGGAUCCUAAAGGCUUUCUUACUUAUCUUGGCCUAAUGGUCAAAAGGGAUUUCAUGUGUUUGUACUGUAAUGAUAGAUGCCACCGCUUUAGCAGCUUGGAAGCAGUUAGGAAGCAUAUGAUUGCGAAAAGCCAUUGCAAAGUACACUAUGGUGACGGCGGUGAUGAUGAGGAACUCGAGCUAGAAGAGUUCUAUGAUUACAGCAGCAGCUAUAUGGAUGAGGAUGGUAACCAACUGGUUGUGUCAGGUGAAACCAAUGCUGUGGAACUUGCUGGGCCUGAGCUCCUUAUAACAAGAAGAUCUAGCAAUGGAGUUUCAAGCAAAACACUUGGUUCCCGGGAUUUCUUGCGUUACUAUCGCCAGAAACCACGCCCAUCACCAAUGCAUGAUAAGGCCAUAUCAGCCGCCCUGGCCUCAAGGUACAAGAGCAUGGGACUGGCGACUGUGCAAUCAAGAGACAAUAUGGUGAGGAUGAAAGUGAUGAAGGAAAUGAAUAGAACAGGAGUUGAGGCCAUGCGAAGUAAGAUGGGAAUGAAGAGUAAUGUUAUUAGGAAUCUUCCUAAGAAUUGCACAUAUUAGUUCAUCAUUGUACGACAAUUAAUAAUAAAUGAAAAAUAGACAUCAUUUUUUGAAAAGAGAAAAGAAAAUAAAAUAAAAUAGGAUGGAUGUGCACAACAAUUAAAAUACAUGGAAAUUGUGUAAUUGAAUUUGUGUGUAAUUGAUUUAGAGAUUAUUACACUGGCAAUGUAAUUACACAAUGAAAAUCAUUGAGGAGUUCUAAUUACUCUUUAAUUUUUAUGGCUCUUUAAGAAUUGUCUGUAAUUACUAAAUUUUUUUCAUUUUAAACAUUAACUACUAAAAAUAUAUUGUUUUCCGUAUAAUUACUAACUAUUUUUCCAUGCAUCAAAUUACAAACAAGAAUGUUAAGAUACUUCAGCCACUCAUCAAAGUUAAACAUGUUCAAGCAAUCGAUCAAUUGGCAGAGUGUUUAACCAAGCUAAUCCCAAGCUCAAGGCUUCAUUUUCUUAGAGCCAAACUUCCUGUUGCUUCCAAAGCCGAAUAUGUUUGAGGGGGACUAUUGAGAAUACUGUUAGUACAACUAACUACUCUUUAGUUAAAGAUUAGUUAGAGUAGUUAAGUAUUAUGUUAAACUGUUAAUUAGUUGUUUAGCUUAAGUAAUUGGUUACUUGUAACCACUUGUACUAGUAUAAAUACUACUCUCAAUUUCUCAAUUCAAUAAGAUCAGUCCAUUCAAUUCGUUCUCUCUCUCGAUUAAUCUUUACAUUGGCCAAGAGGGAUCAGUUGGGAUUGUCUUCCUAACUAUUCUCCAUUAAUAUUUCAGAUUAAUUGAAGAGAUACCUUAGCAGCCCAUUCGUACAAAGGAUCAAACAAUAAGUCCAUUUAUCUAUCUAACUCUAGACCAAAAAGUAUAUUUUUUAGUUACACAUUAUUCUCCUCACACUUAACUGUCGACUAAAAAUAAAUUAUACAUAAAGUAAGAUUCUUAGCAGAAUAUAUGAGGAAGAAAACAAAUUGUAACUAAUAAUUGAAGAAUAAGUGAAUUUGUAUUCAUUUGUAUCAUUUCUUGGGGACUUUACUUUGUGUCCUCUAGAAAAAAAAUAUGUACAUGGUAUUGGCAUAACAUGCCUUAAUUACAAAAUUGUGGCAAUCUAUAUUGUUAGCAGUUAUCUUCUAUUUCUGUUUACUCAUCAUUAGGUGUUUAAGCGAGAAACGAGUUCAAUGAAGGCUUCUUCAUUGCAGGGAAUCGUAAGAGCUCCCAUUGGAUGAUCAAAUCCAAACUCUUGUUCAGCUUGACUUAACAAGUCUUGAAAUGAUGGAUGGUUCAAGAAUGAUAUCGGGAUUACAAAUCUCUUCAUUCUCUUCUCCCCAACAUAAACUGCCAAGUACCCUUUUGGAACAUCUUUUGUACUUGAGAAAGGCUUCUGAAUGAGUUGCUUGGCAUGAACUAAGCUAGCAAAGCGAAAACCCAUUGUUGUAAAAUUCUUCAAAGAAAGAAAAAGAUCACAGAGAAGAAAGAAAAGUUUGAUAGUUUAGGAUGUGAGGGCUUUGUGGU